GGCGCCGAGCCCAUGUGAACAUUUAUUCCAUUUCAGCUGCAGGAGUGGAAACCUGUCGGGUCGCGCGCACAUCCCGCACGUCACCGCCCUGACAUCAGCAAGAGCUUUAAACCCCCGCAACACAGAGCGUAGAGAAAGAGGCGCCGCGGGACCUUGAUGCGGGUGAGCAGAGACCCGCGAGCUGCUGGAACUCAGUCUGCGCACUUUCCGCUCCGUCAGGCGCCAGAUGAUUUGGUUUUGCCGAUGUUUCCUCUGAGUCUUGCUCGGCGCUGCCAGGGUUUGCGCGCGUCAGCCCCGCUGCCCUUAGAGCACGUGCUGGGUUAGUUUUAAUGAUGAUGAAUGAGACUGCUGCCUUCGGGGAGUUGCUGCAGCCUCUCCCGCUAAGCCAGAACAUCAGCUCCUUCCCUGCGCUCCGGCUCGAGUCCAGGUCUUUGGCCACUUCAGCCACCAUGUUCGCCGUGGGAGUCCUGGGAAACCUCGUCGCCAUAGUGGUGCUGUGUGUCUCCAAGAAGGAGCAGAAAGAAACUACCUUCUAUACUUUGGUUUGCGGGAUGGCCAUCACGGACCUGUUGGGGACGUGCUUCACUAGUCCGGUGGUCAUCGCUACAUACGUGUCCAGCCGCUGGCCCGGAGGAGCGCUGCUCUGCCACUUCUUCUCCUUUUCCAUGCUCUUCUUCGGCUCAGCGGGGAUGUCCAUCCUCUGCGCAAUGGCCGUGGAGCGGUACCUGGCCAUAAACCACGCGUAUUUCUACUCUAAGCACAUAGACAGAACAAUGGCACGCUUCGCGCUCCUGGUCACCUAUCUGGCCAACAUUGUGCUGUGCAUCAUGCCCAGCUUCGGCUUCGGUCAGCACGUGCGGCACUUCCCUGGGACUUGGUGCUUUCUGGACUGGAGAUCGGUGGAUGCGCUCGGAGCCUGCUACUCUUUCCUGUACGGCGGCGUCAUGCUGCUGCUGAUUGCUGUGACGGUUCUGUGCAACCUGGCGGUGUGCGGGUCCCUGGUGGGGAUGAGUCAGAGGACGGGGAUCGUUCGGACCGAGCUGUGUGAGCAGAGCGGGUCCCGGCGUCGCUUCCCCCGGCUGCAGGCUGUCACCUCGGCCGCUGAGAUCCAGAUGUUCUGGCUUCUGAUCUUCAUGACCAUCGUGUUCCUGGUCUGCUCCAUCCCGUUAGUGGUGAGGAUCUUUGUGAACCAGCUCUACGACCCCUCCUACAUCUCCGCUGGGGGAGAGCCGGACUACAGCAGCGACUUGUUGGCCAUCCGGUUCGCCUCCUUCAAUCCCAUCUUGGACCCCUGGGUCUACAUUUUAUGUCGGAAGAACCUGCUGCUGAAGGGCUGCCGGAGGCUAAAGAGAGCGGUGGUCUGGGCUAGGGACGGCCGGGAGGACAAGGACUGGGUGGGGGGUCAAAACUCCCCCCCAUCUCUACACAGUAACGACACCAGCUACGCGUCAUUACGCACGGCCAGCUACAGGAACGACGCGGCGUCCAACAAGAACGCCUCUUUCACAGACUUCACCCUGAAACAGGCGUGGGAGUACGACACGGCGCGAGCCAACUUCCACCCGUUCAGCGUGGAGUCGACCACGGUCAUCGGCUGCGAGGAGGAGGUGAGACGGGAGGGGGAGGAGAAGGUGUCCCCAGGGCGCACCGGCGGCGUGGCGCACAUCAGGAGGGACGUCGUUACCUGCACGUUCAGCACCCCGAGCUCCAGCCGCACAACAGUCCGCAGGUGCGAAUCCCAACCUGCCAGAUCAAACAUCAGCCUCACAACUUCACACGAGUGUGCCAAAAAGUAACAAUAGUGGUGAUAUUUGGUCACAUCUGGCUCACUAUGAGGGUAACGGCGAGCUGCUUAUCAACAUCUAAACGUUCACAUGAGCCUAAAGUCACAAGAAGGUGAUGAGAGCGGUUUAACCACACGGAUGUUCAGGUGAACCUAAACACGUGAAACUAAGCCUAGAGAACAUUUCUAACUAAAUAAAAGCAGUCCGAGAUCUCCUCUGAUGUGAUUUGUUGACUAUCGCCUUCAUUAUCUGGAUGUACUUUUAUACAUUUGAGCGACAUGCUUAGAUGUAACAUUAGUAUUUGGGUUUUGUUCUAAAUAUUCUGGUUUAACUUCAGAAGUGUGGCAUUAAUCGAAGCUUUUAUUUUGACCGUAUUUGAAGCUAAUUGUGGUGAAUCUGCUGAGGUCAGGGCCCAUAAACCCACCCAGGAGCCAGGCAGAGCUGGGUUUAUGCUCCGAGCUGAAGGACUCAGACCCUCACAGCUGAGAGGAGCAGGGCUGGGACGGAAGGUCUGAUCCCUGAAGGCCACCCGACCAUCACACCCCACGGGUACAAACCCCAGCUGACGCUGAGUGUGUGAAGGUGUCUGACCCAGUCUCGUCGUAUGAUCGGCUGUUUUAGCUGACCUCUCCCUAAAACAGCGUUUCUGACCCGUUGUGAUAACU